CUUGUCUUGACAGGAAAUUGGCUUGAGCUUGUGCGAGGGUCUUGUUGAUCAGAGGGACCGUGUGGAUUGAGUAAGAUGAGUUUUGAGGGUUGGACGGGUUCUCAGCUCACUUAAAGUAGUCGCUCCAUCUACUGGGUCUCGCCACCGAUUCCGUCAUGGCGUGUGAAUGAUACUAAACGUCAUAUUGAGGCUGUACAUUCUCCCUUCUUCCCGGACCGGACUGGUAGUUUUACGUGGGAGAUUAAGAUGUUCUGGUCCGGCCGAAUCAUGCUUCGCCUCUUUGCCUUCGCCUUCGCUCUCCCUCUCCCCUUUCCCUUUCCCUUCCCCUACCUCCCCUCCCUUCCGUCUACCUCGUUCGCCUUAUACGUUGUUUCGAUCUCGGCCGAAUCAAACGUCUUUCUCAUGAUCCCUCUACCUCGUUCCCUCGGCCUGACCCACCCCUCCCCGACCUAUCCUGCAUAGCCCCGACCUCGCCGGGAUAAAUCCUCUGUUACUCUCCCACUCCUCCCAUGGCAUCGUCCUCCUCCAUUUUCGAACCGAGCCCACUUGUCUCAUACUCUUUCCCUCCUAUGACCCCUCCUCGUAGGUCAUCCACAUUUGCUGACCCACACUCGCCUUGAGCAAUGUGAUGUUAGUUGCCCAUCCUAACUCCUCCAUUUAUAUUCCUUCGUCACCUGCAGUGAACUCAGGUGUAACACGGUUAUACUCAAAACUCUUCGCGAGAAGAUGAAGACCAUAAUAUUGCGCGGCACUGCUAAACUCUUUAGCGACUGACGGGGAGACCAAGCUGGGGUCCUGAAGGAAAGACCAAAAUCGUUCGUCUAGUAGAACGGGAUCGCAGCGUUCUUGUAUAGUCAUUCUACUUGUGUC